AUUUUGCUGGAGUUCCUUCACCUCGAAUAGACUGGGAGUCUACAAACUUACAUGACUCAUGGCAUAAGUUCAAACAGCAUGUGGAGCUAAUGUUCACGGGUUCUCUGAAGGAAAGAGUAGAAGAGGAAAAGUGCAGCUACCUGCUCCUCUGGACGGUGAAAAAGGGAGAGACAUUUACAACACAUGGACACUUACCGAGGCUGAAUCAAAGUGCUCCAACAAGUCGGUCUGUGUGUUCCUAUUGGCUACGUAUACUGACGAACAGCCCACAGAGAAUGCUGAAUGGUUCUGUAAGUGGCUGGAGGAGGCAUCCACUGACUUCAGAUAUGGGAACACCUACCUGAAAGGACUGAGCUGUGCAAUGUUUGGCCUGGGCAACUCUGUGUAUGGCAGCCACUACAAUAUGGCAAGAGAUCUGACAAAAUAAAAUACCUAUCGAUAUGUUUCCACUAUGUGUGGUGCUGCUACUUACUACUUAUGAAAUGCAAUCUGCUUCUUUGCUUGUCUGAUACUUUUAUGGAUAUUUUUUGCACAUUAUACAUUCCUCUUUUUGAACACACUAGAAUACUAAGCUCUUUCAGUUGAUUAUCAUUACCACUAUGACUGUUAUCUCCUGUCCAAUAGCUAACCAUCCACAUUCUCUAGACUCUGAAAACACAUCCCUCUCCUUUUGGUGAGUAAGAAUGUGGACAAGUGACUGUGGAUGCUGAGCGGCAUCUGUGUUCUGUCCAGAGGAGAUGGCAACUGCAAAGUUGUGAAGACUCAUAAUGGCAGCGUGCAGGCUGACUUCCUGGUCUGGAAGACCAAGUUCCUGAACUGCAUGCAGGCCCUGGUUGCAGGACAGAAGAAGGCCUGUAGUGGAAACUGUAAGACGGACGGCUCCUGUAAGACCAGGAACAGGAAGAAACCACAGGAGAAGACUGAGGAUGACCAGGCAUAUGCAGAACAGCUCAGCUCUGAGGCGGUGCUGGUAGAGUCCAGUAGUGAUGAGGAGACAACUGGGUCAGAGGUGAAAGACUCAGGCUCGGUCAUCGAUGUGGAGAAUCUAGGAAACAUGAAUGGCAUCAAGAAAGCCAAGGCCAUUCAGACACCAUACUCUGGGUUUUACAUUAGCAUACUACUUAGAAUUAUGCAAUGUAAUGGACAUGUGUUGUACGAGGUUUGCUAGUAUGGACAAUUGAUUGGAACAUAGCCAUGGUUUCAGUUUCAACAUAGGGUACCAUGAACUAUCUGUGAGGCUGAAGGGUAACCAUAGCAUUUUCUAACCUCCUACCAUUGCUCCAUAAGCCAUUGUCAUGACGUUGGCCUGGGGGUAGGUUUAUGACAGUCAUAAAUACCUCUUCCCCCCUUUUUCUUCUCUCUACCCUACUGAUGUUACAUUUGAAAACCCCUUGGUUAACAUAGAGAUUCUGGGAACAUCAGAAGGUGGGGGGAAAUGAACUAUAUUCUGGUAAUCCGACCAAUUGAACAUAUGCGGUGGUACUUGAUGAAUAUGAUGUAAGUUCGGUUGUCCUCUGAGACAUUCUCUGUUUCAAAUAUUUUUUAUUAAACACACACAAGAAUGGUGUAUAGGUAUACAAGACAGGUAUACAAUUCUUAUCUAAACAUAAAAGAGCAUACAGGAACAACAAGACCCAGAGUUCUGGGUGCAAAACAAAUCAUACAAAACAUGACAACUGCUCGGGUGGCAGGACCAGCACAUGCUGCCCAAAGGUAGAUUCAAAUAUUACAAUUGAGAGUGCGUUAAUAAGUACAAAUUCACAGCACCGACUCGUCCAAGUAGGAGAGGACAGGCUGCCAGAUUUGAUCAA